AUGCGGUCUGCUCGGUAUCUCCUUGCUAGUGGUACUAUGGCCGAUCGCGUUCCUCUUUGUAGCGUCGAUCUCAAGGUGGUUCGUGCCCUGUGCAAACCGAUUCCCAGUCGUUCAGAUAGCUUCUCUGCCGUUGCUUUGGUAUGGCUUUCAGUGGAUACAAAGGAUGUGCUCACAGGAGACUGCCUUGGCGAUGACCAUCGCUGUCGUUCUGCACUAGCUACUCGCGUCACCUUCCAGAACGUUCACGGUGUCCUGGAGGAAGGUGACCAUGUGAAACAGCGGCAGAUCAACUCCUGGCUGCAAGAUGAGCGAGUGGGAAUAGCGUUGUUGGCGGAGGCCAAAACGUUUUGGCCCUCUAUCCCAGAGGGGGGUCAUGGGUGGAACGAUAGGAUGCGUCGAGCUACGAUGAAGGCAAAGCACAAAGGUUUUUAUUCGGCUGUCGCUUAUAAUAAACAGCAGUCACGAUCUUCGGCAACUACAGCCUUUCAAUGGGGAGGAUGCAUCGCGACAGUGCUUAGUCAGGUCUCGCACCGAGCUAAAGAAGCAGGGAGCGAUUUGACGGGGCUGGGACGUUGGGCUUAUGUUCGUCUUCAAGGGAAGAAGCUGAAGGCGCGGGGGGGCGAUGAUCACUCCGGCUUGGUGAUCGACGUAAAUGAGGCGGUCCGACGGCCGAUUUCACAUGAUCUAGUGGUUGUCUCGGUAUAUAGGCCAAACAGAGAAGGUACUGGGGAAUCGACCGUGUGGGCCCAACAACGUCUCUACUUUAACUCUAUAAAACGUAAGGUUAAUCCGCGCAAAGCAUUUGUCGAUGACUUGUGCAAACAAAUUCAAAAGUGGAGGGACGAGGGUUGCAAAGUUUUGCUGGGGAUCGAUGCUAACAAAGACCUUUCGGUUAACUCCCCGGACUGCAUACGACAGCGGUUCCGGGACUGCGGAAUGGAGGAAGCGAUUUUGAAAAGGCAUCCCCCAACGGCGACUCACCAACGCAAUCAAAGCAACGUUCCCAUUGAUGGGAUCUUUACCACUUCGGGUGUUCCGGUUCUUGCUGGUGGCUACUACGCAUUUGGCGAAUUUGUUGAGGCAGACCACCGGGCUCUAUGGAUCGAUAUCGACUGA